AUUUCCAAAAAAAUAGCUUUUUCCAGUCAUAUAUUGUGCAAAUUGGUAGAACAGAGACUCACAUUCUCACAGUCUCUCGUUAACAGUAUUUGUCUUUUUGACCAAAUGUAUAAACACGUAGUUGUUAAAGGGGGCCAGUUUCAGGUCGGGGGUUCAGAUGGUGGAAAAUAUCGAAAAAUCUCAGUUGGUGGAUACGCAUCUAGUGUCUAUGCUGGAGCCGGAGGCCUGAACACCAGGAUUUCAACAGAUGGAAGCCAUGGAGAACUCACUACCCACCAUUUAUAUAUCAAAAGUUUUUCAAUUGGCGGCAAUGAGAAGGAAACUAUGCAGAAUCUAAACACCCGUUUGGCCACUUAUCUGGAGAAAGUGAGCUCAUUGGAGAAGGCCAACGCUCAACUUGAGGGACAGAUCAGAGAAUGGUAUCAGAAGAAUUCCGGAUUUGGGAAGAGAAACGACAAUCAUUACUUUCAGAUCAUAGAGGAGUUGACACAACAGAUUAUAAAUGCCAAAAUGGAAAAUGGAAAAAUACUGCUACAAAUGGAUAAUGCUAGAUUAGCCUUGGAUGACUUCAAAAUGAAACUUGAAUAUGAGCAGAAUCUCAGUUCUUCAGUUGAAAAGGAUCUUUCUGAGCUACGCAAAGUCAUUGAUGAUCUCACCAUGACCAAAACAGAUUUGGAGAGUCAGACUGAGAGCCUUAAAGAAGAAAUGAUUUAUCUCAAAAAGAACCAUGCUGAGGAGAUGGAAGAACUUGGUAAACAGAAAGGUGCCAUUGAUGUGGAAGUAAAUGCAGCUCCUUCUGUCAAUCUUGGCAAAACCAUGGAAGACAUGAGGUCUCAGUAUGAGCAGUUGGUUGAAAAGCAACGUUUGGAGGCUAAAUACUGCUUUGAUAAAAAGGUAGAAGAAUGGAAUAAAGAAGUACAAAUAAAUACAAGUGAAAUAGAAAAUUACAGAAAAGAACUGUCAGAUAUAAAGCAUAAAGUACAAGAUCUGGAAAUAGAGGCACAAGCGGAGUUGAGCAAGAAAAAAGCUGCAGAAAAUGCUCAGGGAAACGUGAAUUCUCAAUAUACUAUGGAGCUAGCAGACAAACAGGAGAAAAUUGCUCGUUUCGAGGAGCUUCUACAACAAACACGGAAAGAUGUUGGUUUUCAGAUUCAAGAGUUUAGCAUCUUAUUUGAUCUCAAGAAUAGGCUGGAGGCAGAAAUAUCUACUUACCGCCGUCUCUUGGAUGCAGAAGGUCAGUAACCAUAAUUCAGAAGAAUGAAUAAAGAGAAUUCAUAUCUGAAGAUAAGAUUACAUCUACCGUUGAUCUAUUGUUGUAUGUUAAUCAUUAAAUAUAAUCAUUCACUAUAUUUUAUUAUUUAUGUUAGUGGAUAUUAAGAAUAUAAUGUAUUUGGUCAUCCAUAUUGUGGCCUUGUUGAUCAUGCUAUAGUAUGAUUGAUAGUAGGGACAAACAAACUUUUUGAAAACACUGAUAAUUAUCAAUAAACAUAAAUGGGACCAUUGCUUAAAAUGACAUUUUCUUCCAUUAUGAGUUUUCUUGCCUUUGGCUGGAGUCAAUGGCUGCAGGUCUUAUCGAAACCGAAUCCGAACCUUAAUUUGCAUAUGCAAAUUAGGGGUGGGAAAGGGAAAACAUUUUUUUACUUCCUUGUUUUGUUACAAAAAUUCAUGCAAUUUCCAUCCCAUCAGUAAAUUGCAUAUGCAAAUUAGGAUUCGGAUUCUUAAGGAACUGAAGUUUGCUUCUCAAAAAUGUGACCAAGUUUAUGUUUGCUUUUUGCAAUGAACAUUAAAUGAUAUGAUGGUCACUAUUACUGAGGUUUUAGCACUCACAUUUAAUAUAGGUUCUGGGUUGUUAGAGCUCACUAGAACCAGUAAAGCAUUAUUUCUGGUUGGCUGCUCAACAGGACAGGUUCACACAAGAGGUCCACAUUGUCUUCACUGAAUGAAAACAAUUAUGGACGUUCUCUGCUGUGAUUGCAACAAUCACUUUGGUCCAGACUACAUUGGUUGUCAUAUUUUACCAUGAUCACUGUAGUCAUUUAAACUUUGUGUUUCAAAUGCGAGCAGGUUUCUAUGAGUUUGUGAGCAGGUGUUUGCAUCAAUUAUAUCUACUGCAUAUUCAUAACAGUUGUGUUUUGUCUACGUGAGAAUAAAAGUGAAGAUCAAUUCAA